CAACCGAGCUGCUGAAACAUGUGGAACAACCACGGUGGAUUUGAUGGAGGGUAUGGUGGCUCAGGAAUGGGAGGAGGAGGAGGUUAUAUGCAGUCUCCAGGAGGCUUUGGGUCUCCUGCACCUACUCAAGGAGAGAAAAAAUCGAGGUCCAGAUCACAGCAAAUUGUGCCAUGUACAGUGUCACAGCUACUGUCGGCAACACAGAAUGAUGAGGUGUUUCGAAUAGGAGAAGCUGAACUUUCACAGGUCACUAUAGUUGGCAUUGUCAGACAUGCAGAAAAAGCUCCAACAAAUAUUCUUUACAAAGUGGAUGAUAUGACUGCAGCACCCAUGGAUGUCAGACAGUGGGUUGACACAGAUGAGGCAAGUUGUGAAAAUAUGGUGGUACCUCCAGGGAGUUACGUAAAAGUAGCUGGUCACCUUCGUUCUUUCCAGAACAAGAAAAGUGUUGUAGCAUUUAAGAUUGCUCCUGUUGAAGAUAUGAAUGAGUUUGUUUCUCAUAUGCUGGAAGUUGUUCACGCUCACAUGGCCAUGAAUUCCCAGGGUGCGCCUUCAGGGGGUGGAUCUACAGUGGCCCUCAGUACACCUGGACGCGUUGGUGACAGUGGCAGAGCAUUCUCAGGAGGAAAUGACAAUCCGACAAAUGGGCUGACACCACAUCAGAGCCAGAUUCUUAGUUUGAUCAAAAGCUGCAAAGGAAAUGAAGGCAUGGCAUUUGAAGAACUCAAAAAUCGACUUCAUGGAAUGAAUGUUAACACAAUUAGGCAAGCUGUGGAAUUUCUCAGCAAUGAAGGACACAUUUAUUCCACUAUUGAUGAUGAACAUUACAAAUGCACUGAUGGAGAUUAACAAAUUGUUUCAUUUGUUGUUUUCUAUAACAUCAGCUUCAGUUGUAGAAACUAUUGAACUUAUAUGCUAAUUAUGUAUAUAGGCAACGAGCCCUUCAUUUUUACUUAACUGUAGGCUAUUAGAAAGCAAUGCACUUCAGAAAAGCCUAAUGUAAAUAUACGUUUUUGGAAAGAUUAAGAUUAAUCUUAAUCUAUACGUUGACUGUUUUCAGGGGGGUUUGAAAGAUGACAUUUGGUGAGAGCAGUAAUUUUUGAUACAAACUAUAUUCUUGAGUUCUGACAAGUGACAUUUAAAAUUUGAAUAUUUAUUGGCACAUUCUGUCAGAAUUUCUUGGUACAGAAAUUACAUGUCUGUGGGAAAAAAAGACAACUGAGUUUAAUACAUUUUACUAACUGUAUUUUGGGAAAUAUAUGUGUAUAUCGUAAUUAAAGACUUCCAUCCCCA